AUUACCGAGCGGCGAGAGGGACUCAAAGUACCGCGGCGGAAGUAAAUCCAUGUUAUGCGACCUAAAACUCUUCUCAAUUUCCGCCCUUACAUGCAGCAAUGACAUACUUCUAAGCCACUGAUAUCAGGGAGGUGGAUUUUAUCUGCAAUUGAGACUGAUAACAUAUUUUAAACAGAGGUAUAACUUCGAGUGUGUUUUACUCGUCCAGUCAGUUGGUAAGAGUCACGUGUAGAAGAUGUAUCCUCUGAUCCUGACAACAUUACUGGCGUUGUGGAAUAGUGCUGAGGGGAAGGACGUAUUCAUAACGAGGUCGAAUUCACCAAUAUGCCCCCCGCGAGCUGUGUGUGGGAACAUCUUUGAGUUUGACCGGAUGAUGGACGAUGGCUCUUUAGAACCAGAAAGGAGACACAUCACCAACUGUUUCUGCAACCAUACAAGAGCCUGCAACUUCAACAGAGGAAACAUGAUCUACCAGAGCAGGACUCAAAUGGAAGUGUUGUGUGAGCCUGUAAGUGCUUUGCCGAGGUGCAGGCCGGGAAUGGUCGCCAGACGCAUGUACGUGGACUCUAUGGACUUCAACGACAAAUCUUAUUACGCUAUACGGUGCAUUUGCCCAUUGAACCUCAUACGCCCUGCCCAACCUCGCGUGAAGGCGACAGUGUACCGUAAUCUCCAGCAUGCUGGCUUCGACAAAAUCUACAACUACAAAUGUAAUGACAUUGAUAUGGAGGGUGAGGAAUAACUGUCUUUCACAAAGGCAGUUGGCGAAGAAGAAGGUUCGACAGGUUGCAGUAUACGGAUGUUAAAUGUUUGUUGAUGUUUGGCCUCCUGACUUCACUUUCUGUGUACAUCUAUCUGUGUUAUUGUAAUUUACAAGUCAUUCUACAACAAUAAAGUUUUGCAGAGAUCACCAACAAUCUUCAUUUCUAAUGUAAUUCUUUAUGCGGAAAUUAAUGUGGAAUAGUGUUUAUUGUUAGUCAUUGAUUGAGAUGCUUUUAAAUAAACUGUGUUUCUUGAU